AGCCUUUUGAACAGGAAUCUGUCGUUGGCCCAAAAUAAUCGCCUUGUGUUGUCUGUGGUGACAGCACCUCGAACCGAAGCUCGACCAUCAUGGGCCGAAGUGAAGAACGCCGUGACGACCGCGGCUAUGACCGCAACAGAGGGCCAAGUGACCGAGACUUUGGAGACCGUUACCGCAGCGAGAGACCUCGCGAUGACAGAUCUUUUGAUCGUGGCCGAGAUCAACGACCAAGCGAACGGGACAGAGAUGGCCGUGGCAGUGACCGAUUUGGUGACCGUCCAAGUGAUCGACCUUCCGACCGCCCGAGCGAUCGCGACCGAGGUGGAGAUCGGGACCGACCUGGCGACCGUGACCGGGGUGGCGAUCGAGGACGUGGCGACGACCGCGAUGGUAGGGGCUAUGAUGAUCGUGGAGGCGACCGUCGAGAUGAUCGCGUCGGACGAGGUGGCGGCCAUGACAGUGGGCGCGACAGCAGAGAUCGAGACUACGGAGGAAAUCGAGAUUCGUAUUCGCGUGACAGUGGCAGCCACUAUGGAGACAACGGCGGCGGCUCGUACCCUCCACCAGAGCCAGCAGGGCCUUGGGACCCAAAGGCUGAAGCCGAAAAAGAUGAAUCGUGGGCGCGCAUCUACGUUAACAAUUUGCCGAAGGAUACCACGACCGAUGAGCUGCAGAGCAUCUUUGGUGGCAUUGGUGUUAUUGCGAAAGAGAAGCAAAAGCGUGGGUACAAGGACCAGUGGCCUUGGAAAAUUAAGAUCUACACAAAUGACGACGGCACCCUGAAGGGUGAUGCCGUGAUUACGUACGAAGACGCGAAUGCAGCGCGAACGGCGCCCAGCUUCUUCAAUGGCACGGACAUACGAGGAAGCACCAUUACUGUUGAGCUCGCUGGAAAGCCCGAGCCUCCUGCCGGCGGCUGGAUGGGUGGCCCCGGUGGCCGCGGAGGUCGUGGAGGCGGAGGUCGUGGUGGCGGCGGACGCUUUGGUGGUGGCCGUGGUGGGGGCGAAAGUCGUUACCGUCCAUAUUAGCUCAAAUUGCAUGCAAUAAACAUAAGCCACUUGAUCAUUGCCCA